UAUGGAGAUGUUUGGAUAAACCCUAGUGAGCUCUAGGGUUCUUCGCGAGCGCUCGGCGAUGGAUAAGAUUUUCGGCCCAGCGUAUCGCGGCGAUCCUGGCGUCCCGCAUUCCGGGAAGGAGAAUUUCGAGAACAUCUUCAUGGCAUCGGUGGGAUUCACGGUCUACACUUGGUUCUUCCCAUACUACUGGGAGCAGUCGCAUUUCCUGUACAACUUUCACGACAUCGCGAUGUGCGCCGAGCAUCACCAGUGGAGGAAAGCAAUGCAGAAGGGCGAGCGCUACGAAUUCAAGUGGAACAAGUUCAUGAAGCCAAAGGAGCGACGCUCUUACUACUACCGCUGGAGAGAUUACUACCCCUGAAAGGAAAGAAGAGCGUUUCUCUGGAUAACUUCAUGGAAAAGUUCAAGCUCAAUCACAGCAAAGAACUUCCAGGUCCUGUUUUGUUUUUCCUUUUUCAGUUCUUUCAAUUGCAGACAACGGGAAGCUUUCUAAGUGUU